AUGAGCGAGUUAAAGGAUUGCCCGCUGCAGUUCCAUGAGUUCAAGUCUGUGGAUCACGUGAAGCUUUGCCCCAGGUACACGGCGGUGCUGUCCCGGUCAGAGGACGAUGGCAUCGGUAUUGAGGAGCUGGACACCCUUCAGCUGGAACUGGAAACACUCCUGUCCUCGGCCAGUCGGAGACUACGUGUGCUGGAGGCGGAGACUCAGAUCCUGACAGAUUGGCAGGACAAGAAGGGAGACCGGAGAUUUCUGAAGCUUGGGAAAGAACACGAACCCGGGACACCCGUCAAACAUAAACCCAAGAAGCCAAAGCUCGAAGGAAAGGGAAGUCACGCAUCGGGGCAAGGCCCAGGAAGACCCAAGUCCAGGAACCUACAGCCAAAGAUCCAGGAGUAUGAGUUCACGGAUGACCCCGUGGAUGUGCCCAGGAUUCCCAAAAAUGAUGCCCCAAAUAGAUUUUGGGCCUCGGUGGAACCGUAUUGUGCUGACAUAACUACAGAAGAGAUCAAAGUGCUGGAAGACCUUCUGAAGACUCCAGAGGAUGAGGCUGACUACUACAAAAUUCCUCCUCUGGGGAAGCAUUAUUCACAGCGCUGGGCCCAGGAGGAUCUGCAGGAGGAACAGAAAGAUGGAGCCAGAGCUUCCAUGGCAGCAGACAAGAAGAAAGGGGCCCUGGGGCCACUCACUGAAUUGGACUCCAAAGAUGUCGACUCCCUGAUGAAGAAAUCUGAAUCUCAACAUAGACCAGCCUGAGGACGGCUGCCCGUUCGGUCAUUUGACACAGCGCCUGUUGCAGGCUCUUGUGGAGGAAAAUAUAAUUUCGCCUAUUGAAGAUUCCCCAAUUCCUGAAAAGGAAUCGGGAAUGGAUGGAGCCAGUACCUCACCUCGAAGUCAAAUGAAACCUUUUAGUGCUCCACAUACCAAGUCUUUGGAGAUCCGGAUUAAAGAGGAGUUAAUAGCCCAGGGCCUGCUGGAGUCCGAGGAUCGGCCAGCUGAGGACUCAGAGGAUGAAGUGUUGGCCGAGUUGAGGAAGAGGCAGGCCGAGCUAAAGGCUCUCAGUGCCCACAACCGGGCCAAGAAAGUGGAGCUGUUGAGGUUAGCAAAGGAGGAAAUGAAUAAACAAGAGCUGAGACACAGGGUGCGCAUGGCCGACAAUGAAGUCAUGGACGCCUUCCGAAAAAUAAUGGCCGCCCGGCAGAAGAAAAGAACCCCAACCAAGAAGGAGAAGGACCAGGCUUGGAAAGCUCUGAAAGAAAGGGAGAGCAUCUUAAAACUGUUAGAUGGGUGA